AUGACUGCCAGAACAGUUGCAAUCAAGAGCCGGCAAGCCGCUGCACAAGAUGCCCUCCUCGACGACACCUCCCACGAUCCGACUCCCGUUCCUCGCUCUGGCUUUCGCAUCCGCCUGAGCAAGCCACCACCGAGAGUCGAUAGUCCACCGGCGGACGAUGACUCAGUCUCGGAGGACGAUAGCAUCCAGGACGCUACUGAGUCCGUAGACCACCGACUCGAGAAAGACCAUUGGGCUGAGGGCCUUGUCUGCUUUUCUAAGUACCUCGCAUCGUCCAAAGCACGCGCAAGCCGCCAGCCUGAAGGCUACAACGACUCCCUCAUCGCAUGUGACGGCCCAUGCGAGGAAUGGUACCACGACACAUGCGUCAACGUUACAUUCGACGAGGCAGAGAGCAUCGAGACCUUCAUCUGUCCGAUCUGUGUCGGCAACGGGUACGGUAGAACCAUCUGGAAGAAGGCUGCCACAUCGACGGCUCAAGACAACGGUACUGGUGCAAACGAGAAUGAAGAGAUCGCACUGGCUGGCUUUCCGCGCGUGAUUCCGGUUCAGAGGAAGAGGGAGCAUAGGGCGCUGUCGCUGAAGGUUGUGGGAAUUGUGAGGGCUGAGGCGAAGAGGAAGGUACGGUGGCAGGAGGGUCGUGGACCGAGGGGUCUGGGUAAGGUGGGAAUUUCCGGAUGA